AUGACGGAGGCCGAAACUAAGGAGCGCAAUUUGAACUAUCUAAAAUCAUGUAUGGAGUCGUACAUUAACUCUGAAAUGAGAAGUCGUCUGGCUAACGGCAACUUUGUGAGUUUUUAUCUUUCAUUUCUUUAAUUUAGAUCUGCGCAUUUAAUGUUUGUGUAGCUUCUUUUAUAAAGUUUUUAAGACAAGGUAUUUAACAUGAUGUUGUUUAGAUAUCUUUGGUUCUGGACAACGACGAAAAGUGUGUCAGAACUUAUUCCAAACUCGGCAGGGCUCUUCUGGAGGUUAAGAAGGCACAGAAAGGCGACGUGGAAGUAGGUUUGUGGAUUGAACAUGAAAGAUACGACUUCCACGGCCAAAAGAAGUACAGAAACUUUGGAGUAUAUAAACAUUUACUGCCCACUAGAGUAACCAAGGAUAACAAGGUUUACGUCUACAUGUUUUUGAACAGAGCGAGUGAUGGCUCUUUCCAAAACGAUUAUUUUAAGUAUAUUUCUGAUACUGAUGGGUUGAUACCUGAACGUAUUGAUGGAGCAGCUGUCGAAGUGCGGUUCAUUGCUAAAGAAGCUCCAGUCAUUGUCAAAUACCAUGGUGCAGUUCGCAUUCCUAAUGAGCUUUUGCCUCCAGAGGUGAGUUUUGUUAGGCAUAGAAGAUUUGCGAAAGGUCAGUAAUUAAGACAAAGGCUUUCUUUUUCGCUUAAAUUGUUGGACUGCAAGUGUUUUUUUUUUACGACUCACUUUUAAAACUUUCUUCUUUUUUAGCUUCAAUAUCCGAUUCCAUAUAACGAUCUGUCGACGUUCAGUUUGAGGGCCGAAGAUAAAGCUUUACAGAUUCUGGUUGGAGACGAGCGAUUCAAAGAAAUAAAGCAGGAUCGGCUUAUGAGGAUCAGAGAAGACGCUUUUUAUAAACAGAACAUGGCCAGACAGAAGCAUCUUGGGAAUGUUAUGAAUGUGAGUCAUAUUUUAUUUUGUUUGUUGAAAGCUUUCAAAUACCGCAGUAACUUUGAUCAACUUAACUUCCCUUAUAUUUUUAAAAAAAGUUAUGAUUUUCAGAACGGUCUGAUGCCCGGAAAAUUUGUCGAAAAAAUUGAAGAAAUAUCAGAAGCACAACACUCAGAAUCGAAGGAAAACCAACCAUCGACCAGUAAAACUCAUCCAGUGGCCAUGAUUACUAGUAAGUCCUUACUUUACUAGAUUAUUCUGAUUUUAGAUGUUACUGUGGACAUGGGAGCUGACAUUGCCAGAGGAUUUUUAGAAAAGAACUAUUGUGUUGUUGUUCACAAUGCCAGUAACUUCUCUCAAGAGGUAAGCUCUAGUGUGAACUAUAUGUUUUGAUCUAGUUUACCCCUAUUUGUUAGAGAAAAUAUUAGAAACAUAAGUAAUGAUAAAUAUGUUUUAAUAGUUAGAUAUUGUUUUAGGAGGUAAAGAGAGGAAUGGAGAAGAUUCUGGAUCGUAUUCACUUUGUCAAGUUUGAUCUCACUAACAAAGCUGCAGUUAAAGAACAAAUGCUUGAAAUCGAAAAUAAGUUUGGAAAGAUUGACAUUAUGGUACACUUGGCCUUGGCUAAAGGACAUGAUUUAUCAGAGGAAAGGUCACGUAAGCUCUACAAGCAUCUCACCUACAAGAACGUGGGGAGGUAAGGGAUCAUUUUUAAAACACACUCAAGCAUGAUUUUUCUUUUAAUUAUUUAGAGUAAUAUUCAAUAAUAAAGCAUACUGGCUGAGAAGUAAAGCAUAAUGUAUGUAGAAGAGUUUUGUUUGUAGUUUACUGUUUCAUUUGCAUAAUUAUAGUACCAAGCACCUGCUAAUGGCGAUGUGUGAAAAUGGCUACCCUCGGGAUCUUGAGUUUGUCACAAUAACUAGUCUGGAGCCAGAUGAAGCCUUGUAUACGCCGGUAACUGUUCGAGAAGUUGACAAAUGGCUGCAAUUUCUUGUCGCUACGUACAAACAACUUCAUUUCAAAUUUGCUAUGGUUGUCACGUAA